AAAUUUUACAGCUCUAGCUUGCAGUCUCCGCGUUGUGUUUUAAACCAUAAACAUAAAACAAGGUUCUGAGCUGGACACGAUGAGCGCGUCCAAGGACAAGAAGGGCGGGAUCAAGAUUCUGGGCGUGGAGAACGUCUCGCCGCCAAAGGAAUCGUCGCGCCCCGCCACGCGUAUGAAGCUCCUAAACGAGGCCGCUGCAGCGUCUCAGUCUGUUUCACCAACCAAGACGGAAAAGCGCAACAGCGGUGGCGGGGGAGGGGGAUCCCGCAUCAAAAUACUCAAUGACGAGGCUCUGGGCCUGCCAAAGACCGAGAAACGUGGCUCCACAUCUAAGACCAGUCAACGCAACACCUCCGCCACCUCCACCUCUGUGAAGAUCCUAAAUGUAAAGCGGCCUGCUUCGACCACCGUCAAUACAGCCUUGGAAACCAAGCUCCGUCCCUCGCAAAGCAAGAAGCAAAAGAUGGAUCACUACGUGCUUCAAGCGGUCAAGUUGGAGAACAGCAAGCAGCAAGCUGUUACCACGGCGCACCGUGCGGUGACGUCAGAUAACGAGGAGACCGAGACCAUUGCCUUCAUACUGGCCGACGACGACGAGGUGGUGCCCGGAACUUUGGAACGAACAAAUGGCCAGGAAGAAAUUGUGGUCACCGAAAACGACGAGGAGGAGGAGGAGGAGGAAGGCGGCGAAGCGGAUAAGGACGAAUCUGGCAAAGGCGGGAUGAAGGAGAUUGUGGAACAUGUGUGCGGCAAGUGCUACAAAACGUUCCGGCGCAUUAAGAGCCUCACAAAGCAUUUAGAGUUCUGUCGCUAUGACAGCGGUUACCAUCUGCGCAAAGCGGACAUGCUCAAGAACCUGGAGAAGAUCGAGAAGGAUGCAGUGGUGAUGGAAAAAAAGGAUAUCUGUUUCUGCUGCAGCGAAAGCUACGACACCUUCCAUUUGGGGCACAUCAACUGUCCGGACUGCCCAAAGUCUUUCAAAACUCAGACCAGCUACGAGCGGCACAUCUUUAUCACACACUCGGAGUUCUGUGACUUUCCCUGCUCCAUCUGCAAUGCCAAUCUGCGCAGCGAGGCCUUGCUCAAGCUGCACGAGGAACAGCACAAGUCGCGGGGCAAACCGUACGCCUGCAAGAUCUGCGGAAAGGAUUUCACGCGCUCCUAUCACCUGAAGCGCCAUCAAAAGUACUCGGCCUGCUCGGCCAAUGAGACCGAUACCAUGAGUUGCAAGGUGUGCGAUCGCGUUUUUUAUCGUUUGGACAACCUGCGAUCGCACUUGAAGCAGCAUUUGGGCACGCAGGUGAUGAAGAAGCCGGAGUACAUGUGUCACGUUUGCAAGAAUUGCUUUUACAGCUUGUCCACACUCAACAUUCACAUCCGCACGCAUACGGGCGAGAAGCCCUUUGAUUGCGAUCUUUGUGAGAAGAAGUUCUCAGCUUUGGUGGCUCUUAAGAAGCAUCGUCGCUAUCAUACGGGCGAGAAGCCCUACAGCUGCACUGUGUGCAAUCAAGCCUUUGCUGUGAAGGAGGUGCUCAAUCGCCACAUGAAACGUCACACGGGAGAGCGUCCGCACAAGUGUGAGGAGUGUGGCAAGAGCUUCAUCCAGGCUACCCAGCUGCGCACGCAUUCCAAGACCCACGUUCGUCCCUUUAGCUGCGAUCAGUGCGAGGAGAAGUUCAAGACGCAGAAGCAACUUGAGCGCCAUGUGAAGGAGCACUCCUCCCAGAAGCGCCCCGUGUUCUCCUGCACCGAAUGCAAGCGCAAUUUCCGGAGCACAGCACAGCUCAAGGAGCACAUGGAUGUGGGCGUUCACACACCCAAGCCCACGCGUGCCACCAAGCGCUCUCCCGCUAAGGUUAUGGAGCGCACGGAUUGCGCCAUUUGUGACAAGAACUUCGACAGCUGCGAAACUCUUCGUCGGCACAUUCGCACCGUCCACGAAUGUGAUCCGGAUGACAUCUUUGGCGUGGAUCCGCUAACAGCGAAGCGUGGCAAGCGAGCCAAAUUGGCGCCGGUGAAAGAGCAGGAACAGGAGCAUGAGGAGAUUGUACCAGUGGCGCUGAACACUUCAGCGGGUUCGUUGAUUUCAAGCCAAACGGAUGGCAACGGUGUUGUGGUGCGCGAGUAUCUGGUGGACGAGACCGAUGAGACGGCGGCUCAGACUAUUACGCUGGAGAACGAAACAUAUACGAUUCUCCCGUUGGAUAUUGAGGGCGAACAGCUGACGGAUGAGGCGCCAGUGGGAGUAAAGCCCGAAAGUAAAAAGGAAGAAGGAUUAAAGGUCUCGCCGGUGGUCAAGAAGGAGAAGCGGAAGUCGUUAGCUGCCAGCUUGGCAGCUGCCAUCGCGGAUAAUCUGGAGGAGGAGCCAUCCAGCGAGGAAGAUGGCACCGGCGAAGUUUUAACAGAGGAAGACCUCAAGUUAAAGGAAAACAUAGGCAAGCUGAUCGACAUGCUGGUGGAUCCGCCCAUCUUAAAGAAGUAUGGCUGGCCCAAUGCCCCCGAGGAGACGGUGCUCUGCAAGGUGAUCGAGAACUGCGGCCAUGAUCUGACCAAAGGGAGUGAGAACUACGCGGAAUUGGACUAUGGUAGCCGGAUGCGUGAGUACUGCAAGCUGCUCUUCACCGUGGUUAUACACAACGACUCCAUCAAGUCGCUACUCAACAACUUUCCCAUUGACGAUGUCAUCGAGUAUGUACUGGGCGAUGAGGACCAGGAGGAAGGCGGUGGCGGGGGCAUGUGUAAGGACGACGAAGAAGGAGAGUCGGAAGAGGAAAAGAAAGGUACAUUGAAGAAUCAGAAGAAGUCUAAAACAGAAAUAGAAGAGACAAUCACAGGUGAUCUGGAUUCCGAUGAGGAGGAGGAGGAAGCAGUCGAAAAAGAUAAGAAUAUAGCUAAAAUCGAAGGAAAAAAGGCUUGAAAAAAUGAACUGUUUAGCACAAAAGGGAUAUCGGAAUGGAAUUGAGGGAACUGAAUAGGGUUUCCCUUGAGUUUUGAUUAGGAAGUGUAUUUUUUAAGCAUAUUUUAUGGUUCGAACACCAAGUGACCUUAGAUAAGAAACUAUUACCGCUUGUUAUUGUGUUUUGCCUUCUGAAACCUACAAAAUUACAAAUUAACUGAAAAAAGAACCAAUCAUAGGAUUUUUGAUAUUAUUGUACACAUUCAUACACGUUUUUAAGAAUAAAGUUUACCAUGAGUAAUAUGCAUGGAUGCAUUGCUAUUUUUA